ACGGUGAGAGGAAGAAAAGAUCACGCUGUACGUUGCCGCUUUCGAGAAAUCUGGACUCCGAGCGGAACUCGAGAAGAAUCCCGAAGCAUAGUAAAUACAGAAUCGCGCGCCAACAUAAUAAGUUCCGGUAAAAAAAAAAAAAGUGGAUCAAGAAGUGCACGAUACAUAGCUGACACAAUUUGAAACGAGUAUAUGUGCUGAUUAUUCGUUGCAGAUUCUGCAGUUUAUUACCGAAUCGGAGAAAAGAAAUCCCUGUCGAGUGAUGUUCAAGUUUCUAUUCUUUUUUUUUCUCUAAUUUCGAAAUUAACCAGUUUAACACUAAAUUCAUACUUAUUGCCACUUGCGGCAUCUCUUUGAUGCAAGAAAAGUAUAGGAUUAACCUAGAGGGAGGCGUUCGUUAAGCUUUUUACGAUUUCACCGGAACGAACGUGGCCAAUUAAUGCGAUUACUAUGCGCGGGAAGCUUCACGUUGUCGUAACAGGGACGUUCAAAUUUUAAUUCGGAAAGGGAGUCUUAAGAGCCCUUUGGGAUUUUAACCUCGCUUAGAACUAAAGAACGAUACUUCAGCGGUUGUUAAGAAAUACAAAAAAAGGAAAAGGAGCAAGAGGGAAAAAAAGAAGAAAGAGAAUGAAAAUCGAGGAUAAGGGUACACACUCAGCAUGACAUGAAAAAGAGCGCGCGAAUAUUCAUGAAAAACCACUAAGGGAACCCUAACUUCAGAAGGUUCGUCCUUUAUUAUUGAAAAUAGCUAGAAGGAAACACGCGCAUACAUAACGUCACAGCACUUCACUCUUACAUGCAAAUUACAACGUUUUGAGUUAACUCGAGGCUGCGAUGGUCAGGGGCUGAAAACUUUCAAACACGUAUAUGUGCGCACACUUAAUUGACAAUUAAGCGGGAAAAGAGCGAAGAGGGGACGAUUUUCUCAUUUAAAAUACCCACAGCAGCAGGGGCUUACGGGAAAACAAUCUCUCCUGCACGUGGAACGGACGCUCCCGGUGAAAAAUUCAAUUGCCGGCUUGAAUCACGUCCCUUGAUAAAGAAUCGCCGGAAAGGAAUUUCUGUUCGGACGCCAGAAGGGUUUCUCUAUACCUCUCUCUCUUUCUGUCUUCUCCUUGAACUUCUGAAAGAAUAAUCAGUCCCAGUUCCCAGUCGACGAGCGAAUCCACGUGAAAUUUAUAAUUAAUAGGCUAUCGGAUCCUUCUUUACUCAAGAGAAAAGCAAUCCAGAUCUUGAGAGACAUUCGAAGAGACUAAGAAAGCGAUCAAUCAUUCAGACACUUGUUACACGCUUCGUCAAAAGGAAAAAGCUUCAUAACGGUGAAAGGAUAAUCACGAAAAACCGACUGGAUUCGACUUCGGUUUUACAAGUAAUCGGAGAAAAACCAGUUACCGUAACAUAGCUCACGUAACUCUAGCAAAGAAGAGACUUCCUCUAACAACAGAAGCAGUAGUAGACAAAUAGCAAACGAACUGACAGAGUGUCGCAUUCAUUCUCUAUCUGCACUGUACUCGACUGAAGUUCAAUCGAGCAUCGGGUCAAGUGACACUCACCAACCAGUCCUAAUAAAGUUGCGACCCUGUCUAACGAAAGGGAUUCUCUUUUUUUCAAAACGGUGAAAAGGAAGUCACGAAACACGGCGAACCACUACGGCAUCCAUUACACGGGCUCGUACGCGUACAGCAACGGCGCACCGAGCGUGUACAGUAGCUAUCCUGCGAACGGUGGCUUCGUACAGCCCCAUCUCCAUGAAGACUACCGGCCGAUUUACUUUUACGUAGCGCAACCCUAUACUAUCCCGUAUACGUUUGCGAAGAGGCCGAGGCCGUCGUCACUGCUGAAGCCAGGAAAACCUCGGAGCAACUGUCGCGUCAAGUUCUCUAAGAGGCUCGGCAACGGCGACUUCUCACAGAAGGUCAAGCAGGGAGAGUUCUCGAGAAGCCUCAGCCAGGUGCACUUUGUCGAGAGCCAGGGACAAGUGAUCUCAAACUAUCCGAGGACUGGCUUGCCCCGUGAUCCAAGGAUGACGUCGAUGUUCCGAAGGGGCACGAUCUUUGCCACGUUCUUCCUAUCGUUGUUGGGCGGUGGACUUGUCUGUGCUGCCCUGGUGACGCAACACUGGGUGGAGGCGCGACCCUUGAGAACUCCCAACCCUCAAGAAAGUGCGGGUAGAGUUCACUUUGGGCUUCUUCAAGGGAAGAAGGAACUUAACGUCGCUUAUGGCUGGAGAACCUAUCACAUCUCUGUGCCUCAGAUGAUCAAACAAGACCCUACAGUGAUGUCCUGGGGUCUUUGGAUCAGUACUCUAACUACGACUUCCGCUGCACUUGUCACCGCUGGUCUGGCUGCUCUUCUUGCCGUUUUGAACACAGCCACUUCACCUAGAUCCAAGAUCCUUUCAGAUCCUGGAGUAUAUUUCAUAAAUAUUGUAACGUUGUUAAUGUGCAUGGCGAGCACGAGCACUUGGCUGGUGCAAUAUUAUACGAAGUUAUUCUUUAACGUGCUUCCAAAGGAGGACAUCGACAAUAUGUGGACCAGUGAAGGUUCUGCUGAACUUGGUUAUUCAUUUUGGCUCGUUGUGUGUGCCGGUGUGGUGCAUUUAAUCAGCAUAGCAUUGGUUGGUUGGGGCUCAGGACGAGACAAGAUCGAACGACUGGAAGCAAUUCCGGCACUAGAGGAAAAGACCGCCGCGGCGAUAAUGCUGUAUUGAAUUCAAGGCUCUUGAAACGUGGACUCAAAUAGAAGAAAGAUCUAUUACAAAAAUUACACAAGAGUGCUACUCGCAUUUAUUAGCGUGCGUCGAAGCAAUAGGAGUCGAUUAAGCAGGAAACAGGUUGCGAUAUUUCUGCUAUUCGAGAAACGACAAGUUCCUAGAUGUUUGUUAGUAUCGUUUCUUAGCAUCGUAGAUAAAAGAAAUGGCAAGAAUGAGCACGUUAAUAGGA